UAUUUUUUAUAAUAAUACUACCAUUUCAGUCAGGCAGAAAUCAUAAUACUCAUAUACAACUACCAUUUGUUCCCUACAUUUUUCUUCCAUAUUGCUCAGAUUUUCAAAAAUGUUAUUGAAUGUGUUCAAUCCUUUAAAGGUGGUGAAUUUUUGAAGAAUUCGACAUGAAUAUGAUAAUAUUUUUUAAAAAAUCUAAAUAAUUUCGAAAUAUCCACCAUCAAAGUUUUAGACCAACCUCUCAAGCUUUUCUCCCUCUCCACACCCCCUACUCUACCCCACCCCCUACCCAAGAAAAAAAAAGACAUGGAUACAACAUUUUAAGGGACUAAAUAAAACUUUCCAAAACAUUAUAUUCCAAAGAUGCAAUUUACUCAAUCUAUAAUCACACUCCAAAAAUCCCAAACAGUCGGCAGAAUCUCAAGAAGCCUUCACAAAAGAGAAUGGCAGUGUUAUGUAUGAUGCCUAGUUGCCUUAGCAAGAGCUGUUCCUUAAAGUUAUUAUCACAACCAACAAAGAAGAGAAAUAUGUAUGAAGGAGACAUGAACCUGUUUAACCAAAAGGAGAAUAAAUUAGCAUGUGAGUUGAAGUUGCUGCUGGCUCCACCUCUACUAACUGCCCUUAUAGUCCUCUCUCCUAUUGUAAAUCCCCCAGUCUCAGUUGGACAGACAAUAGAUGUACAAAAGGGAGCUGCUUUGUUUAAUCGAGCUUGCAUCGGAUGUCAUUAUGCAGGUGGAAAUAUAAUCCAGCCUGGUGCAACACUCUUCUUGAAGGAUCUACAAAGAAAUGGAGUUGACACGGAAGAGGAGAUCUAUCGUGUCACUUACUCUGGCAAAGGGAGAAUGCCAGGAUUUGGUCAGAAUUGUACACCGAGGGGUCAAUGCACAUUUGGUCCUCGAUUGCCGGACGAUGAAAUUAAACUCUUAGCUGAGUUCGUAAAGUCUCAAGCUGAUCAAGGUUGGCCUAAUAUAGAAAACGGUGGAGAUUGAAAAUAACUAGUACUUCAUCGAGUAUACUUCAAGAAAUAGAGGCAACUAGCACAAUUGUUCAAAAUGUGCAUAUCAUAUUUCAUUUCCGUUGUCUUUUCAUCUCCCCAUUCAUUUGAUGUUCAUCUCACUAGAGUUACCUGUUGAUGGCAUGAAGGGUAGCUUCAUUUGUUCUGUGUAAAGUUGACCUUAUUUCUUCCCAACAGUAGCUGCUAGUAGUUUUAGAUACCACAUGCUGGACCUGCUAAAGCACAUGCCCACAUGCAUCUCUGCUAUUCUCAACUUUAUUUUAUUAAAACUAUAGUUUGACUA